AUGUUGCUUUCGUUGUGGAAAAAGUCGACGGUCGUUUUCUUCGUCGGCCUCCUGGCCCAGUGCUACGGUUCUGACAAUGAGACGACGACAUUUUUAUCAGAGGAUGUUUCAGUGCAAACGGAGACCGAGCCGGGCUCCGAAACAGUCGCUCAUCUGGCCUCAGAUAUUCCUGCCAACACAGCGGGAGGUCCGGCCCCUUUCUUGUCAGCAUCAACGGAAAGCACUUCUAGUUCAGAAUACUCAACUAAGGCCAGCGAGCCUGUACGUCAUGGUUUCGGUAGAGGACUUCCUGCUCCCCAUUACCACCUGCCCGAUUCCCGGUGGGGUCCUUUUUUCGAGGAGGGUCCCGAACCGCAUAAUAUCACUGCAAGAGUCGGAUCCACUGUCAUGCUCGACUGUCGAAUAGGAUUGCUCCAGGAUAAAACUGUGACUUGGCUACAUCAUAAAGAGGACUCGAUCCACUUGCUUACAGUCGGCCGUGGCGCUUACAGCAGCGACGACCGCAUCACUCUUAGUUUCCGGUAUCCGAACAACUAUCGUCUGCAAAUCGUUUUCGUCACCAGACGCGACGAGGGACUGUACGAGUGUCAGGUGGCCACGCAUCCGCCCAAAGUCAAAAGGAUUUUCCUUAAAGUCACAGCUCCUGAAGUGAGGAUAGAGGAUGAGUCGGGGCGUCAGGUUACCGAACGCUAUUAUAAAGCGGGUAGUUCCCUAGAAUUGACGUGUCACGCCACUCAAGUUGGGGGACCCUCCAAAGACCACCCAAUCACCUGGAGACACGGCGAGGGCACUCUAACGAAAGGUAUCAGCUCGAAUAUGUCGACAACCACAGACACAGCGAUCUCAACAUUGACCGUUAUACCGUUGGAGAAAAGGCAUUCAGGAAACUACACGUGCGCCGUCGGAGCCCUUGCGUUCGCCACAGUGGCAGUACACGUUCUUAACGGUGAACUGCCGGCGGCGGUCCAUCAUGGAAACGGCGUCGCCUGGGGCGAGGAGUCGCCGCUGAUGAUUUUCGCGAUCGUCGGCUCGCUGCUGCUGUUGAAGAUCAGAUGUGCGGCUUCAAAAAUAUCCACGUUCGAUAUGGGAAUUAGUUCGAUGUUUCGAAACGGUUUAACAGUCACAAAUCGCAAGGAGAACGGUUUGGAGGACGUGUUUAUUUACAAAAGGGGAAAGGCAGUGGCAAAAGCGGUCCCCAAAUAUUAUAGGUAA